GUUUGUGAACGCGGGCGGGGCGCUCUCUCUCUCAGUUUUGCGCUUCGCUGUGGGCUGAGUGGACGGCGUUCUUGCGCUUCCAGAUAGGCGGCUAAUAACUUAUCAAUUCUACUGAAGAUGUUUCGCUGUGGCAUCGCGUACCCACGAUGCAGGUGGAUAGCGCCCCUUAUAUUGCUUUUUGCAAUUAUAUUUGACAUCAUUGCUAUCGCGGCAACCUCUGGAUGGGUCGAGGACGAGGGUGCGAAGUCUCACUACGCGAGCAUGUGGAAGUACUGCCGAGGCAGGAACGACGACUGGGAAUGCCCGUCUCUUAUGGAAUUUCCUUGGGCUCAGGCAGUAGCAGCUCUGAUGAUCUUGGGCCUCCUCAUCCUCAUUGUGGCCUUCAUCCUCUCCUGCAUUGCCCUCUGCCCUGCAGUCAACAUCACCCUGCUGCCUCUCAUCGGGAUCCUGCUCCUGGUCGCUGUGGUCCUGCAGGUGAUCGCCCUGAUCAUCUACCCCGUGAAGUUCAACGAGCGCAUCUUCGAGGGCCGCUACUUCUACACCUGGGCCUACGGCUUCGGCUGGGGCGCCACCAUCCUGAUGAUCGGCUCCACCGCGCUCUUCUGCUGCCUUCCCCGGUACGAGGACCAGAUGCUCGGCCUCACCAAGACCAAGUACCUCUACAGCUCCGCCUAGAGGCCGGAGGCCCGCACUGCGACCUUCCCCGGGACAGGCAUUACGUUACUUUAGUUACUUAGCUGACACUUAUAUUAUCCGAAGUGACUCGCAGUUGAUUGGACUAAGCAGGGGACAUUCCCCCCCCCAGAGCAAUGCGGGGUUAAGGGCCUUGAACCACCAACCCUCUGGGUCCCAGUCAUGUACCUUAGCCGCCCAGUCAUGUACCACCGUCCCUGCCCUGAUGCUUCCUCUUUGGGUUCACUUAUGGGAUGACUUUAAAAAAAUAAUUUUGAGGUAUAAGCCCUCAUUAAUGUUCACUGUCAGUUUGCAGAAUGUAGUCUUGAAUAGGGAAUGAUGUAUAGGAAACUCUGUUAAUCCCUGAAGACCAUGGGAAAAAGGGAAAAUGUGUGGGAAGGUUUUUUAGUAUUUGCUAUUGUCCUUCCAAAUGUGGGUUUGUUUUUCCCAUUGUCUUUCUGAAUCUGAACCCUCCCUGAACCCUUAAAGUGGGCUAUUGGGAAUAUCUUCCUCCAAAGUGCUCUUAAUGUCCCGCAUUCCCACUACUCCACCGGGAUCCUGUGUAAUCCCAUCUCUUAUCGAUGUUCAGCCAACGGCUGUGAAAUGGAAAAAUCACUUUAUCAGCUUACUGUGUGCUGCAAGCUAACACAAGCAGGUCACGGUUUCACUGAGUGAAAUUAUUUUUAACAAGCGAUGCAAAUGGAAAACUGUUGACACUCGGAUUGUGUCUUAAUCUCCCGUUGUUGUUUUUAAGCCUCAGUCAUGGAAUGAAAUGCUUUUUAUGCUAAGCGAGCGGAUUUCUGAAAUGUUCUGUGUGUAUUCCCCAUUAAACUGAGAAGUCAUUUGUGUGCCCAGAUCUCCAAUUGAAUUAGAGAAAGCAAAGUACACUUUGUUCAAUAAAUGAAUGCAAACUUGAACGUAGAGAACAACAGCAUAUGUAUCUCUCUCUCUCUCUCUCUCUCUCUCUCUCUCUCUCUUUUGCAAAAUCAAUAAGUAUACAAUAAAGAGGGAAAUAUAUAUUGUGUAAAAUAUGACUAGUCCAUCACAUAUUUUAAAUGCAGUAAAAAUAUUGAAUAUUACUGUUAGGGACACAGCAAGCCUGUCUUGUACAAACAAACAUAUCAGAAGCUGAAUGUUUGAUCAAUACCUCAGGAUAAUUGCUGUUAUUUAAAAACCUCUGACAGAAAUGUGCCUUAAUGUGCAUUUAGAGUUUCAUAAAUUACCAACAUAUCACAUCCGAUUCCUUUGUAUUCCUGUUGUGUUGCUUAGAAUGCAUAUAUUUACAAUGCAUUACAUAUCAUUGCUAUAAUGUACAGAGAUCUAAUGUCAAAUGUUGUGUUUUUUAUGCAAUAAAGUAUUCUAAACUUCA